UCGCUGCUUACUGUGAACGGAUUUGAACAUCGUCACAAAAUAUUCCUGUUUGCGCUUCACAACUUCAACGAGCUGUUUCGAGGAAAAACACAUUAAGCAUUAUUGCUGAUAUAAAGAGUUUGUGAGGUUAAACAAACUGAGUCUGUCCUUUUCCAGCGGAGGAGUGAGAGAAACACCGAGGACGACUGAAAUGAAACGAAAGGGGAAGUGAAACUAAAGACCGCGAAGGAUUUUUAUGAAAACAGAAAGUUAAAGCUGCUCAACAAGUCGAGUAUCCUGCUGCAUCUGGCUGCAGCAACAUGUCGUCAACAGAAUACCAGUACUUCAUCAUAACAAGAAAACCUGAACACCCAGGUCACAUCAACGCCGGUUCAAUAUGUUUCAUCUAUAAAUACAAGUACACAAGAGCUAAUUCUUCCCCUAAGUUGCUCGUCUACUUCCUGGGCUCCCAGUCACCGUUGUGUUAUGACAUAGAGGUGAAGGUUCUGGAGGUGCUGAGUCCAGAGGAAGCCGGGCUGCUGCAGGCACUGUCUGACGACGCAGAGAGGCUGAAGUGGUUCCGAGAGAGAGAUGCUCUUCGAACAGCGCUGGGACUCACUGAGGGUACUGCAGUGACUGUGGACGAAGGAGGAGAGAAGCUUAGAGGCAUCAUUCGCUACAUCGGAAACCUGACAUAUUCCCUUCCAUUAUCAGGAACUUUCUUUGGCAUUGAACUGCAGGGAGACGACAGGGGGAAGGGGAACACAGAUGGGAAGUACCAACAUAGAACCCUCUUCUGCUGUUCCGAAUAUUCUGGCAUUUUUGCCCCAUUCUCCCGAGUCAGGCCUCUCGUUCCCAGCUCCCUGUCACCCUCCAUCCCUGCGCCCUCCUCACAGCCGGAAACAGAGGAGCUGGAACCAGGCGAGAGAGUCACCUACUUCAUCGAUGAUAAAUGUCUCCAUGGGAUGGUGUUGAAUGUGCGAGUAGAGAAUGGACAAGAUAUUGUUCAGAUCUCCACAGACAAAGAUGAGAAUGGAAAGACGGGGGGCACAGUUGAAGUUCCACUUUAUUCAGUUUUUAAGGGAGAGGUGCCUGCAGAGCCAGAGCGCAUGGACGUUGAUACACCCCUGUUGGACCCAAACCCUGAUGAUCUGUACAGGGAUCUUCUGAGCGUGAACUCCCUGGUAGAGGUGACUCUGGGUAAAGGCAACACAUAUGGAAUCAUCCGCUGGAUCGGCAAGCUACCUGAUCGAAAGGAUACCAUGGCUGGACUAGAGCUGGAGGAAGACACAGGAGUGAGUGACGGUACCUUUAAAAAGGAGCGUAUCUUCGUUUGUCCCCCGAAGCGAGCUCUGUUUGUGAAGCUUAUCUCCUGCCGUCCUGACUCACGAUUCCAGAGCACAUCAGCCAAUCACAGCCAGAUGAUGCCAAAAGAGGAUGACGCAGAGAGAGAGACGGAGCACAGCACAGGGAAGCCAGAGACUGUACCUCCUAUGAGCACGGAGCAGGUUAACAACAUGUUGAUUGGACGAAUGAGGGGGAUCCAAGGACACUGCAACUCCUGCUACAUGGACGCUGCCCUCUUCAGAUCACAGCACUUACUUCACACUACAGACCACACCAUACUCAUGGUCUCUGACCAGAACCACAGCCUGGUGCUGCCUACAGUCCAGCAGCUGCUGGAACAUUCUUUCCACAGUGAAGGACUCAAGCUGGCUGAGGUCCCUUCAUGCCUCAUCCUCCAGAUGCCUCGCUUUGGGAAGAAAUUCAAGAUGUUUGACAAGAUCAUUCCCUCUCUGGAGCUGGACAUCACCGACCUCCUCUCUGAAGGUCCUCAGCAGUGCAUGCUGUGUGGAAACUUGGCACAGGAAGAGUGCACCGACUGUUUUAAGGAUCCCCUUUUCAGCCAGACGGGAUUCAAAAUCUUCUGCAACACUUGUUCAUCUCAGGUUCACGCUCAUCCUCAGCGUCGGAACCAUCAACGAACUCCUCUGGACAUCCCCAAGGGUUACUUGGGUCGCGGGACACCUCACGCUCUGACCAGAGACAAACUGGAGCUGUUCGCCGUGCUCUGCAUCGAGACCAGCCACUACGUGUCCUUCAUCAAACACGGACCAAACAGCCAAGACUGGAUCUUCUUUGACAGCAUGGCAGACAGACAGGGAGAGAAAGACGGCUUCAACAUCCCGGAGGUUCACGCCUGCCCUGAGGUCGGCAUGUACAUGGAAAUGUCUCCCGCGGAGCUGGCCAAUCAGGUGCCUCGAGACAUGAAAGGUGUGGCUAAGCGUCUCUUUUGUGACGCCUACAUGUACCUGUAUCAGAGCACCAACAUGUGUCUCUAUCGCUGACUCUUCACUGCACUGGAAAACCCCACAGCUUGUGUGUAAAUAGAACAAAAUGAUUGUCGCUUUAAUUUUUCUGUUUGUUAUUCUUUCAUUAUUUUGUGGAAGUAAAUGCAUUAACAUUUAAAUCGUGUGUGUAUGUAUGUGUAUAUACACAUACAUACAUACACGUUUUUAAAUGUUCUUCUUAAAUGUAUACUACAUAUAUAGCAUUUUCUGCCUUUGUGGUGCUGGGAAAGUAUUAUGAGGCUUUAAUAAUUUAUAAUAUUGUUUUAUUUCUAUAAUGUAUGAAGAAAAAGUACAAACUGACAUCGCUUGCUCAGUAAUUUUGCACUAUAAGGAAAAGAAAUUAACAAUCACUGACAUGCCUUGGCAAAGAUAAAUGACAUGUUGGACUGUAAUAUAAGGAUUUUGUAGUUUACGGUUUCUAUUUGCUUUCUGAUAAUUAUCUUUAAGGGUUAUAUUUACAGUUUUAUAAUGAAAGUGAAUUUUGCAGACAAAAUAAUCCACUAAAGAAGACAACAUAGUAAUGAUUUCUGGGUGGGCUGUUGUAAUUUAAAAGCCACUAUACAGGGCUUUUGUAAAUACAAUGUUAAUUUGCUUAUUUUUAAAUUUGUUCAGAUUCCUUGGAAUAUUGUAUAUUUGAAAUUAGAAUUUCACCUCAGGAGAGAUUAUAUGUUGCUUUUUGAUAUGAAAUGCACUUUUGCAUCCAUCAUUAUCCUAAUUGACAGUACAGUAAAUUACAAGGUUGGGAAAACUGCACUUAAAUGGCUACGUAUGGGUCCUGGCUAAUAGUCGUUUCCAUUAACAAUAUACUGCAUGUUUAUUGUUAAUUGUACUGGCUUUAAAAAAAGGGUACAAUGAAUAAAGAUUUCUUUUUACUUUGA